AUGUCUGCAUCAAAUACUGACAAAAAUCAACUUGUACUUGGCUACUGGUCAAUUCGUGGAUUAGUUGAACCAACUCGUUUGGCUUUACAUUAUUCUAAUACACCUUAUACAGAAAAAUUUUAUGAACAAGGUGAAGGUCCAGAAUUUAGUCGAGAAGAAUGGCUUAGCGAAAAACAAAAUCUUGGCCUUGAUUUUCCAAAUUUACCAUAUUUAUUUGAUGGUGAUUUGAAAAUGACUCAAUCAAAAGCUAUUUUAUAUUAUAUUGGACGAAAAGCAAAUCUUAUGGGAAAGACUCCAACUGAAGAAGCACAUGUAAUGAUGUUAUGUGAACAAGCUCAUGAUUUUCGAAUGAAAAUAGGCAGCGUAUUCUAUGGUCCAGAAGGAGCAACAAAAGAAGGAAGAAAAAAUUGCGUUGAUAAAGUUAUAUCUGAAGAAUUGAAAAAAUUUGAUGAUUAUUUUGGAAAACAUAAAACUAAAUUUGCUGUUGGUGAUCAUCCAACAGUAGCUGAUUUUCAAUUAUAUGACUAUAUCGAUGCUGGUCUAGCAAUGGAUGAAGAACAUACUUUAAUUGAUAAACUUCCUAAUAUCAAACAAUUUUUGAAAACAAUUCGUGAAUUACCAAGAGUAGGAGAUUAUAUUGCUAAAGCACAUACUCAAUUACCACUUAAUGCUAAAGAUCCAACACCAAUUGCACGAACUCUACAAAAAGUUUUUCAAGACAAGAAAAAAGAGAUUGAAGAAAGAAGAUUGCUUAUUCUUCUUGCUACUGAUGGAGAACCACCGGACGAUUAUGGUAAUGUAAAAAUAGAUGAAUUACGACGAAUUCUCGAAGAAGAACGUAAACAUCCUAAACGAGUCCCAGUUUCAAUUAUUGCUUGUAUAGAUGAUAAAGCUUCUAUGUUAUAUUUAAAUAAUUGGGAUAAAGAAAUUCUAAAUCUUGAUGUAGUCGAUGAUUACAAAAGUGAAAAAAAAGAAAUUCAUGAACGUAAGGGGCAGACAUAUGCAUUCAGUUUUGGUGAUGUGCGUUGUCCUAUUCAUAGAAUAAUAAUAAAUUUAUAUUAUAUUUAGUAUAUUGUUAAAAUUCUUA